AUGACGGCACUUCCUGAUGACAUGGUAGCCUCAGACCUCACCUCGGCCAUUGUGCUGGCCGGGGUUCGUCACGAGGAAACCAUUGCAGCAUUUGAUGAUGGCCCAAAACGAAGAUCUAGAUGGUCUGAGUGCAAGGUUGCCAAAAAGGGAAAGCGAUGGGGUCUUCCUGAUGACAAACCGUACAAGCCACUGAGUUACGUCGACCUCCCAUUGGGUCUCUCUGAGAAGGAGAUCGAUCAGUUUCUCAGAGAACAGCGACUAGAAGAUCUUCACAGGAAGAUUCAGGCGCAUGAACUGGAAGAUGUAGAUCCAGACAUUCGGCCACCUUCACCACCACCUGUCUACGACAAGGGCGGCAAUAGACUGAACACCAGAGAUGUCAGAAUCAGGAAGGCCAUGACAGCCGAGUACAACAGAUUGAUCAGGUACAUGAUCAAGCAUGUCGAUGGAUACCUGCCACCUGUUGAUUGGAAGCCUUCCAAGCUCAUGAAAAAGAUCAUUAUUCCAAUCGAAAAGUUCCCUCAGGCACCUUUCAUGGGUGUCAUCAUUGGUCCUCGUGGUGUGAACCACAAAAGGCUUCAGGACACGACGGGCUGCAAGAUUUUCAUCCGUGGUCGCGACAUCGGUGACAAAUGGCAGACUGAUGAGGAAGCAGCGAUGCCACAACAUGUGCACAUCGAGGGCGAAACGGAGGAGCUUGCCUGUAUUUGCCAACGACGCAUAGAUGACACAGAAGUGGCAAAAUCGCUGGGUGUUCCCCUGUACACGGAUGCAAAGGAAAUGAUGCUGAAGGAGCAGUUGGAUGGUGUGGUGAUUGCUGUGCCAACUCACAUGCACUUGGCCAUUGCAGAGGCUCUAAAACUGCUGGACAUCAUGGAGAGCGCUGGCAUCUCUGUGCUGAUUGGGCACCAGAGACGUCACUCCAAGCUCGUGCAGAAAGCCAGGGAACUGGUCACGGUCCGCUUCGGCCCCUUGCGCGCCGUCAAUAUGGCCCCUUGGCUGAUGAGUUUCCGUCGGCGUCGGCGAGAGUUUUCUUUGCUGAAACCAGAGAGCUACUUUGGCUUCUCGGACAUUUCACUGCAGUGGCGUCGAAAGAAAGGCAUCGGCGGCCCAAUUCUGAUCAACUCCAUUCAUGACCUCGAUUUAAUGCGCUACGUGACCGGCCAUGAAAUCAUGAGCGUUUUCGCUUCAACCAGUAGCGCAGCUCGGGGUGGAGAGGUGGAAGAUUCUGGCGCCGUGACUGUGACCUUCGAUCACGGUGCUGUAGGAACUCUGCUCUUCACUGAUGCUGCACCUUCGCCAUGGAGUUAUGAAUUCACCACAGGUGAGAAUAAGAAAUAUCCACAUGUUCCUGGCCAUCUUCGGGAUUGUUACCAUUUCUUAGGCGCUCAGCGCUCUGUCGGUUUUCCUAGCCUUCAUUCGUUUUCCUACGGCCUCCAGACAGAGCCUGGAUGGGAUUCUCCACUACAACUUGAUACCUUCACAGUAGAGACGGAGGAUCCCUUGCAUUUGCAAAUGCGACACUUUGCCCAAGUUUGUCGAGGACUGGAAGAUCCAGUCUGCAGCGGUCGUGAUGCAGUCGAGAGUCUGGCAGUCGUCUUGGCAAUUCAAAAGUCGGCAGAAUGUGGAAGACCAGUGGCUCCGAGUGACAUGUUCUUGGAAGUCACCCAGGCUUCACACGAAGCUGCCGACUUGGACAGCUCUCAGUUGCCUAUGCAAAAGGUCAGAGAAUCAGAGCAAAUCCUCCACUGUGAGCGUCUUGUGGAGCCUCUGCUCAAUCCAGAAAGCCCUGAAUUCGAAUAUGCGCGCACGCACGGAAUGCAGCAGCUUGCGAUGGUGAAUGGUUUCUCGUUGAACAAGGCCGAGCAGAGGUGCGGUAUUUGUGGUGCUUUGGGUCACUUGGGCUUUGAAUGCCCUGAAACAAACAACCAGAACUACAAGAUGGCAAAUGUGACCUGUACCAUUUGUGGUGACAAGGGCCACGUGGCGUCAGACUGUAAGAAGGCCGCGGAAAUCAACAAGAGAGAAAAUGUCGAUUGGAAAGCCAUGGCUGAGAAGAAAGCCCAGAUGGACAAGGAUUUCAACGACAUGAUGAACGACAUGGAUGUCAGCGCUCGGCACAUGGCCAGCGUGUUGGAUGCAAAGGCGAGGAAUGCUUUGUCCGCAUGCCGGGGGCUGCGUGUCCUGGCAAGUUCUUUGCUGUUUCUCCUGUCCAUCGCCGUCCUCCAGAGAUGCUUCAUGGGGCUAAGUGUGAAGGCAGUGGUGCAAAUGCUAAGCGCCAAUCGGGAUGGGAAUGUCGUGGCAUUUCUAAUUGGAACUUUAAGCACAGUACUCUUGCAAUCAGCUUCCCAAAGCCUUUACAUUGCGGGAGAAAUGGUGUCUUCAGAUCAGCUGAAUGUGCAAAGUGGUAUCCUUUUUGCCAUUGGAACCAGCAUCGGUGUGAGCGCGUUACCGGUGAUGGUGGCGAUGAUGGCUGGCUGUCGCUUACAUUUGACGCGAGCUGUUUGGGGCAUCGCAUCGUUUCAGGUCCUGAAACUUUUGUCGCUUGGGGCAUGUGCUCUUCUGCUGGUGCCGGCUGAGAUCCUGAGCCAUGGACAUAUGCUGGGCUUCACGGCAAGCAUGGUAAGACACAUGGCUCCAUUUCGCUUUGACUACGUCAAUCCAGCUACUUGGCUAGUACAACCUGUACUGAAUCUCUUGGUGAGAAUCAAUCAAUGGCGCUUGAAAGCAUAUGUUGCUGGGCCGCCAAUGGAGUAUUCCGUGGAAACGAGCAACGGAUGUGGACGAGCAACAUCCGGAUGCAAAUACUCUUGUUUGUCUCACCACCUCUAUGGGAUAUGGCGUUCCGUGGAGCAAUCCGUUGAGUCGCUGGAAUGUAGUGAUGCAACCGUUGCAACCUGCGAAGACGCCCAGUGUAUUCGUGAUGCGGGGCUGUUCUGGAGCAGUGAAGUGGAGGAUCCAGGAGUCAUUGAGGUGGGUGGUGUGGUCACUGGCAUCAUUUCUGGCGCCCUGUUUUUGUAUAUCUCAUGUCAACUGUUGCUUAGAGACCUGACAGAGUCCAGCUCAGCAGGCUCAGCAGAUGGCAGGGGAGGGAGAUGUUUUGCAGUUUUGGAAAAGGCUGCAGCUGUCCCUGGUCCUUUGGCAAUCUUUGGUGUCAUCGUGUUCACACUUCUAUUGAUGCACGACAGCGUGUCUGUCGCUUGUGUUUUGACACCACUUUGUGGAUUUGGAUUGUUGCCUGCCUCGAAAAUGAUGUGUUGGGUCAUGGGAGCGCAACUUGGUGAAUCACUGGCUGUCAUUGCAUACGGAGCCACCCAGCUACCCUUUUCGAGAGGCAUCGUUCAGCUCGCGUGGGUACAGCUCUUUUGCAGCAUCCUGGCCAUCCUACUCACAGCUUUGCCAUUCGUGCGAAGAUUGGCAUCCCACUGUGGCCUAAUGUGUGCAACUGCUUGCCACGAAUUCUGGAUUCUGGCAAUCGUUUGUGUAGGUGGCAUCCCAGCCGUUCUAUCUGGCAUCUUUGCUUUAACUGUCCUAUGGGAUUCAUCGCCAUCCUUCACACUGUGCAUUUUACUGGUGGUGCUGCCUUUGCUGAUCUCCGCCACGAUUUGGAUCUGCCUGCGCUCAGAUUGGCUGCUGCCUAUAGAAGUCCGAGAAGAAGUUCAACAGGAAUGUCUCUCGGUUGCCAGCCGAACACCUCGUCCAGGUGCAAGUCCCAAUCUCCUCCGUCCUCCAUCCCAGACAGCCUCUCCAUAUGGCGAUGUGAGAUCUCCUCCAAGUGCGCGAACACACCCAGUGAAGUCGCCCUCACCGGCCAACAGUCCGUUGAGCCCGGUGCCCAACUUGGAAGUCAUCGAAGAGGGCCACAGUGGCCACGAUGGCCACGAUGGCCACGAUGCCAGACGCACCAGUCCUACCAGUCCUGAGACGUACGAGAGGACCAUUGGGCCAAAGAUCACGGCGCCACUACCUGUGAUGCCCGUUGUUCCUCGUUCAUCUCGACCCAGUGGAGGGAGUGACAGUACCAACGGCUCGAUGGAUGCAAUGAAUGCAAGGGGCCUUGGCAGCUCAAUCGACUUUGCUACAUUUGCGGGCGACGUCACAUCCAAGCCAGGCUGUCGACAAGAUCUGACCCCGAUUCGGACAGAAAGUGAGGAAAGCCGGGAAGCCACCUGGCCUGGUGGUGCUGACAGCGGUCCACCAACUCAGCAGCAAGUCGAUGAGUCCCAAGGCUUUUGGCCCGGACUCACCUGGCGAUCUGAACGAGCUGCGAUUUCUGCCUCCCCAGAGCCGAAUGAGAGGAACAACACGUAUGGCACUUCUUGGGGCUCCAGUUUGCAAGUCUUGACCUCUCGACUUCGAGUGAGUUCUACACCCAUUUCAGCAUGCGGCUCAGAAGAAAGCUGCUAA